GAAUGGCGUCCGCCUCCCGCAAGCGCGCCCGCACCGGCGGCGGCGAGGAGGGCGGGAUGCCCGUGCCGGUCGCGGAUGGCUUCGAGGCGCCCAUCUUUGGCGCGCGCGGUGUCGUCGGACAGGUCACCACGCUGGCGCUCGAGGGCGAGGACGGCCCUCUAUCGCUCGGUGACAGAGGUCGGCAUCGCGAGCGACCACGCGGGCGCCUGGUAUGUCGCGACUAAGGACUCGCUGCUGCACGUCUCGGCGGCCGGGCGCGUGCGCCGCGUGGCAGCCUUGCCGGCAAGUAAAGUCAACAGCAUUGCUACCAGCCCAAACGAGAGCGCGGCGUUUGUGGCGGACUACAGCAGCCACAAGAUCCGGCGGGUGGAGGUGGCGACUGGCGCGGUGACCAUGCUCGCGGGCAGCGGCAAUGAUGGCGCCGCUGAUAGCGUGGGCGACGCGGCGCAGUUCUGCUACCCAACUGGCAUCGCCAUCAGCCCGGACAGCAGCGCGCUGUUUGUGACGGACUUCGGCAGCCACAAGAUCCGGCGGGUUGAGGUGGCGACGGGCGAGGUGACCACGCUCGCGGGCAGCGGCGAAAGUGGCGACGCGGAUGGGGUGGGCGACGCGGCGCAGUUCUGCUACCCAACUGGCAUCGCCAUCAGCCCAGACGGCGGCGCGCUGUUUGUGGCGGACUACGGCAACGACAAGAUCCGGCGGGUUGAGGUGGCGACGGGAGAGGUGACAACGAUCGCGGGCAGUGGCACCAGUGGCAGCGCUGACGGCGUGGGCGACGCGGCGGAGUUCGACGAACCAGAAGAUGUCGCCAUCAGCGCCGACGGCAGCACGUGUCUGCGUGGCGGCGCCUCCUCCGCCUCCCUCCUUUGCCCCGAUCGUCACACGGGGCGACGCCUCCCUCCCAGAGGGGAAGUCACCUUCCUGUGCAACCUCUGCGCCCGGUCCCCGGUCUUUCGGACCAUGUUUGGCAUCGGCAUGAAGGAGCGCGACGCCGCCGAGGUCACGGUGGCCCACACCGACCUCGCCAGCUUCACCGCCCUCGUCCGCUACCUCCUCACCGACCAGUUCGACCUCGGCGAGGCGGAGGGCGGCAGGGCGCAGCGCGCGCUCGACCUGCGGGAGCUGGCGCAGAUGUACCGGGUGCCGCGCCUCGAGCUGCUAUGCGCGCAAGCGCUGCAGGAGAGCGUCGCGCCGGCGACCGCCGUGCCGCUGCUCGAGGCGGCGCACACGAUGGGCGACGGGCGCCCGCUCCUCGCGCAGUGCCGCCGCUACGUGGCCGACCACGCCGCCGAGGUGCGGGCGAGCGGCGGCGUGGAGCAGCUGCGCGACUUUGGCGUGGCCAAGGGGCUGCUCGGCGACGCGCUCGACCAGGUGGCGGAGCUCAAGGGGACG